CCUGUGCGGAUUUGAGAGCUAUUGAGUACAGGAAAAGCGAACUCAAUUCCGUCUUGGGAACUCAACAAGUUGAAAUGGUUUACUGCGACUUCACACAACCGUCAAAUGGGCCAAAUUUACAGAAAUUCAUUGGCUACGAAGACGUCAAAUCAACGACAGUCAACUUCUACGUACAGAAAGACACGCCGUUUUCGACAGUGGGCACACAAAUUCCCUUCGAGGUAGAAGUGGUCAACACCGGAAACGCCAUGGAUGCAGCUACGGGAAUAUUUACGGCGCCAGUCAAAGGAACUUAUUUCUUCACCUUCACGGGACACGCUCAUUUCCAGGGAGGUGCUUUUUCCGUCCUUGAAACUCUAAGCGUAAACCUUUAUUUGAACGGGAAUGUAAUCGGAACGUCUUUGGUUGGCGAGACUCACGACCUACAUAAUCAACCGAGUCCAUUGGCACUUCAAUCAACGUUAAGUCUGGCAGCCGGCGAUCAAGUCUGGAUACAGAUUCAAUCCUUGACUGCCGGAGUAACACUGUAUGACGACAGCAAUCAUUUGACUCAUUUCAAUGGUUGCCUUCUGGAGCAAGACUUUUCUUAAUAACCCUGUAAAAUGUACGAUUAUUUCACUCAAUUAUUUUCAAAUAACAAUUCCAUGAAAUGUGUCUUACCUUGGCAAAAUAGAUCCCAUAAGACAU